UUAGUGCUGGUAGCCUACUCUAUUUAAACAGCUGUCUUAGAGCUGAGGCAGGAUUCGAGGCUUGUAGUUUGGUUGGCUUUCCUGACUGUACAGGUAUUUUCAUCAAGAUCCUGCUUCUCAUUGGACCUGCUGCUAAAGGUGGACUCCAGGACCUAAAUGCUUCCAGACAGGAAGAUGCAUGCAUUAUUGACCAGAUCCCAAAAUAAGAGUGGGUUCAAGCCACUGCCUGUUGUGAUCAUUGGAAAUGGGCCUUCAGGAAUCUGUCUCUCAUAUUUGCUGUCAGGCUACAUCCCUUACUUCAAAAGAGACUCUCUUCAUCCUCAUCCCAUUCUUCAGAGGAAACUGGAAGAGGCACCAGACGUCUCCAUUUUGGACCAGGAUUUGGAGUAUCUGUCUGAAGGCUUGGAGGGACGAUCCCACAGCCCUGUGGCUCUUCUGUUUGAUACUCUUCAGCGACCAGACACAGACUUUGGUGGGACAGCAGAAUCUGUCCUCACUUGGUGGCACGAGGCUGACAGAGCCAUCCCACACCUGGUCCUUGGCAGAAACGCUCCUGGGGGUGCCUGGCAUUCUAUUGAGGGCUCUAUGGUUACCCUGAGCAAGGGGGAAUGGAUGGGACUCCCAGAUCUCCCAUUCAAAGACUGGCUAAAGCAAAAGAGAAGAGGCCUAAGGAACAACAGAGCCACAGCAGAAGACAUUGCUCAAUAUUACCAGCACUAUGUGAUGAGGAAAGGACUGCAGAAGAAUUUCAGAUGUGGUACUGUCGUGACCUCUGUGAGGAAAGUGAGUGCAGAGAGCAUCUCCAGCCAUGCACAGGAAGAUCAACAGGAGAGCAGUGGCUCCCUCUGGAACUUCAGUGAGACAAGUGCAGAGCUCUUUCAGGUGGAUGGGUUUUUCAGAACUGUGGAAGGUGAUAAAGAGCCCUUCUCUGUCUAUGCAGAGAACGUGGUUUUAGCUACAGGAACAUACGACAGUCCUACUUGGCUUGGGGUGAAGGGAGAGAACCUUUCCUAUGUCCACCACCAGCUGUCUGCCCUGGAGGAAGCAGUGAGGAACAGCAGCAUUGGCAUCAUGUCAGAUCCAGUCUUGGUGGUGGGCGCUGGUCUGACAGCUGCCGACGCGAUUCUCUUUGCUCACCAUUGCAAUAUUCCUGUCAUCCACGUUUUUCGGAGGCGGGUCACUGAUCCAGGCCUCAUUUUUAACCAGCUCCCCAAACUGAUGUACCCUGAAUACCACAAAGUCCAUCAGAUGAUGAAAGAACAGUCAGCUGCUUGUACUGGGCCCUAUGAGAGUUAUGUCAGCCUUCCCGAGCAUCACGUGCUGUCCUUCAGCAAGGACAAGAAAUGUAUCUUGCAAGACAAGAACGGCUACCAGAAGGUUUACAAGAUUUCCAUGGCUCUUGUUCUAACUGGCUCCAACCCCAACCUCUCCUUUCUACCAAAUAAUGGGGUCGACUUGGCAAUGAACGGGGACCAACCAGUCAAUCCAAAGAGGAAUCCCAUAGAUGUUGACCCUUUCACCUACGAGUGCACUCAGGAGAAGGGGCUGUAUGCUCUGGGGCCUCUGGUUGGGGAUCACUUUGUACGCUUUGUGCAGGGAGGGGCUCUGGCUGUUGCCAGCUCUCUCUUAAAGAAAGCAAACAAAAAUCCCCCCUAACAAGAACAACCCCUGGGUUUAACUGCAUCUGAAUAGAUUGUUGCUGCUGUGUUAGAGAAGCAAGUCAUCUGAUUUGUACAGCCUCCAACGUGAAGCUCACACCAGGUUCUGCAGAGAGUUCCUAAGUUCUUGCUGAGUUAUUCGAGAAGAUGAAGUCACCAAACAGAGUGGGUUUCACACACAGCAGUACCCUUAGUCCCUGGGGACUCUUUUCCUGCCUGGCAGUGCAUGGAGGCUGCAGGGGCUUUGAAUCUUGUGCCUUAGGAGGCAAGGCAGCCAUUGCUGCUCUGUGUAACGCCUUCAGGUUGCUGAACGUUGAUUUGGGGAACAAUCGGUGUUAAUUAUUUCCAGACAAGCUGACAAUGCUGUGUCUGUCAGUGGCUCUUUCAUGAAGCAAACUAAGCUGAUGUGGUUUUAUUUGCACCUGUGGCUUGGCUGUGUGUCAUUAUUAGACCAAAAAUCACUGCAAGAUGCUGCAGGUACCUCUCUGGCACGUGAAGCGGUACUCAGCAAAUAAAAACUGACAUAGAAAGUGUCAAAGCUGUAUUGUCUCACUGACACCAGCAACAAGUCAAUUACAAUGUCUUUUUCAUAAGAGAUUCCUCUGGUGGGCUUUUUUCUGCCUUGAGGAGUGGCACUGCUUUACAAACACUUGCCAUCUUGCAGCUUUCUACUUUCUAAAGCCUAACACUGCAAUAGCCAAACUCUUGGCAACUGCUGUAGAGGCAGCAGAGCUAAAGGGGAGCUACUGGUCUGUCUUGGACCUGCCUGGGUACUGUACGGGGCUUCUGCUGCACAAAGUCUUUCAGACUGGCACAGACACUUUUUGAUACUUUUAUGCUAUAUGUAGCAAUUAUUUCUACUAUUUUCUAAGAGGUUUUUAUUGUCAGGCUGUCAGUCUGUGCUUUGAAUGAGCUGAGGUGGGUGGGAAUGAGGCCUUACCUUGCAAACAGCAUUCUCAACAGACCUCCAGGGCCUUUCACACCCCUCACAGGAAAAAUCGGUGUCCUAGCUGAUCUUAGUUGAUGUAAAGACAGCCCCUGCUCCCUGUGCUGCACUGAAACUCACCGACGUGCCAGGAUGCUGCACCUGCGUCUGGAAAGCUGAGGAGGGGGAGACAGUGGCUGUUUGUAGAUGAAUCAGCCUCAAGCUGAGCUGUGUAAGGAGCUUCUCUGUGGUGUUGCUGUCUCACACUUGAAUGUCUUUGCCACUGACUAUUCUUGUAUGAAAUUUUUCAAUAAAGUGAUUUUGGACUUA